GGUCCACGCCAGGGGCGCCUGACCGCGGCGCGGGCCGUCGUGGCGGACGACACGGCGGCAGUGCUCGCGCAGCCGAGGAUAGCGACUCUCAUGGAGUGCCUCGAGCAAGCGGAGAAGUCUCUGCGCGAGAUCGAGCUGAAGCUGGGCGGGGAGCAGCAGAGCGGCGCCAGCUGCAGCUCCUCGCAGCCGAGCAGCGGCGGAGCUGGCCGAGGAUCGCGCAGGGCUUCUUUCGGGUCCUUCAGCGAGACAUCCCCGGACUCCCUCGACGAGCACACGCAGAAGUGGUUGGUCGAGACUUUCACGGACCAGAGCAUCGAGGCCGCGGACGUGCACGGCUCGAUGAAUCAGCUCUCUCCGACGCACUCCGCCAAGAGG